UUUUACCUAUGCUAAGUUUGUUGCCGAAAACAACAUAAUAUUUAAAUAGUAUAUCAAUAAAAUUAUCACAGUAUUGAAAAUUAGUUAUCAGAAGAACGUAUUUGCUUUAUCAAAACCGAAAAUGAUAACAAAGAAUUUUCUUGUAUUUGUUACGUGUACUAUUACGAUUGAUAUAAAUGUCUUAUAUGGAGAAAACGUAGAAAAUUUUUCAAAAUAUGUCGAUACACUCAUUUCAUCGGACGAAGAAAUUCCAGGUCAAUUUGACAAAGAAACAUGGCUUUGGAAUGAAUAUGAUUUUAAAAGAGGUUUUGUAAACCAUGAAGAAUUACGCAUCAUCGAUAUACAAAUAUAUCAAAACUUAAACUUACAGCAAAAUAUAACAAAUUGGCAAUACGUAAAACAUAAAUACGAGACGUAUAUAGCCGGUACUGUAAAUACAACAUUAUUUUUGUACCAUUUUGAUCCUCAUAAUAAUAGUAUGACUUCUCGUGCAAACUUAUCAGUCGCUGAAACAAUUAAAUCUUUCAAAAUAAUUAGUUUUCCAUCCAUCAAUGAAGAAUCUACAGAAAUUAAAGAAUCAAUAGUCGUUAUUUUAUCCGUAGAAAAUGCUUUACUGGAAAAUCAAAGUAUUCAAUAUUUGAAAUGGUACUUUUUACAAAAUCAACAAUUUUAUUCAUUUUGGAUUUGGGAGUUACUUAAACCGGUCAAAAGUUUAACAUAUUUUAAUGCCGCCGACAAGCAUAAAUUGAUGGUGCUUUAUGAAAGAGAUGUAUAUUUUAAUCGUAGUUAUUUACUUAUUGAAGUUUAUGAUAUAAAUACUAGUCGGCAGUUUUCUAAACGAUUAUGUUGUCAAUUUGUAGUAAAUGAAAUAUCUGAUAUUCGAAUUUGUCCAUUAGGAGAAGGCAGUAAGACUUUUACUCUGAUAGAUAGAGAUUAUGUAACUUUACAUGAGUAUAAGGACAUUUUAUCGAAAUGCUCUUUAAAAUCUGUAAAAAAUAUUACGGUUUCCAAUGUUAAUAAUGUAAUAUGUUUUGAAAGUAGCAACAUCAAUCAUCUAGUAAUAUCAGGUUUUGUAAUAAAUUUUUUCAAGCUUCGUUCCAAUGAAUUUAUAUACGAGAAAGAAGUGGAAUCUUUACUGAAUGAAAUUGGAGAUAUACAUUUUACAAAGGAUUGGCCUAUAGAUACGUACAGAAAUGAUGUAAUUUUGUUCGUACAAUCAAAAAAUUUUUCAGUAUUCGCAUUAUCUUGGGAAAAUGAAAAAUUUCAGUUCAUCCACCUGCCAAAUAAUAAUAUUAAUGGUUUUGAUUUAGCGAAACUAAUUGUUAUUCCAAAUUAUGGAUUUUUAUAUCCUAAUAGUACUUUUCUCAAAUUGAAAGUUGAGUUAGUACAAUUACCAAAACCUAAAAAGAGUGACAUAGAGUCUUUGUUCAGAAUAAAAUCUAUUCUAGAGGAUACUUUUAAUAAUCAAGAAUUGAAAAUUUCUAAAAUUGUAUUAGAAACACAAUCAAAUUACUCGAACGAUUUAAAGAUUCAAAACCUCAACACUAACACACAAAUAGAAGUAGACAAUCUUUCUGUAAACGAAACCAAUAAUUUUAUAAUUUCUAUUGAAUCUAGUAAUAUUACUUUAGAUAAAUUACAACGAUAUUAUGAUGAAUCCAAAACUCUUCUAUAUGAGUUAGAAAAUGAAAUUAGCCAAAUAGAAAAUCAAAUAAAGAGUAUGGAUACUAUAUCGUUGAAUCAUAUAUCAUUUCUUGAAGAAAUUUAUAUAGAUGGAAAUCUUGUAAUAAAUGGUACUGCAGUAGUCAAGAGUUUAUUUACUGAUUACCUGAACAACAUUGAUGUAGAUAUAUUGAUGAAUAACUGCUUGAUUACUGAUAAAAAAAUAAUCGGAAAUAAAACGUUUCCGACCGUAAAUUUUGCGGAAGGACAUUUAAAAAUAAAAAAUCUUAAUGGAGUUCCAAUAGAGAAUUUUCAAUUUGAAGAAGAUAAUUUACAUUUGACAGACAUUGAUCUUACAAAAAUAAAGAAACUACAACUAAAAAAUAAUUUAAAUGUUUCAACAAUUAAUGACAUCAAUUGGAAUAUGUUAAUAGAUCAGUUAGUGUUCAGAAACAAAAAAAAAGUUAUACCUGGUCGUACACAGUUUUCAGGGAUAAUGAAAACAAGUUUUACUCAAAUCAGUUAUUUAAAUGAUUUUGAAUAUCCACAUGAAUACGUUGUGAAAAGUGGUCCAAAAAAUGGUGAGGUGACUGGUUUCAAAUCUUUUGAAACUCUUACUGUGUCGGAUUUGCGAGAUGUAAAAAUAAUAAACGAUAUUGAUGCCGAUGAAUUUAUUACUCUAACCGCAAAUCAAAAUUUAGAACAUAAAAUAUCAUUUGAAAAUGUAGUAAUAGAAGAAAAUUUACAAGUUGAUGGAAGAAUUAUUGGAUCGCCAGAUCAAUAUGUUAACCCCGACUUAACUUUAUUGAAUAGCAAUAUUGUUCAGUCGAAUGCAAUGUUUCGAAAUUUGUAUGUUUCUGGAAAAGUGUAUGUUGAAAAUUUAAUCGAUGGAAUUGAGUGGUCAGAAAUAGAUGAUUUGAUUUUAAAAGAUGAUGAAAGUGCAAUUGUGACCGGCACAAAAAUUUUUUCAAACAACGUGCGAAUUCUUGGUAAUAUAGAAAUAACAACAAACCUAAUAAAUGAACAUCCUAUUAAGAAUUUCAUUACCUUAGAUUCUCGUCAAAUCAUGCCAAAUUUAUCAAAAAUAACUGGAAACAUAAAAUUUACUGGUGUGACGUAUAAAGAAUUGGAAAAUAUAGAAGAUAAACUAAGAAUAGAUAUAGAUGAUACAGGUGUACCAAAGUGUUCUAUGAAAACUUUUGUAUUUUUGGAGGCACCUGUCGUGGAUGAAUUUGUUUCUUCUUUUAUAAAUGGAAAUAUCACAGGAUCUGAUUUUUCUAAUAAAUUUGAAGUUCUAUUGAAUGAUAUCAAUUUUGAAAAUUUAAAGUGUAAAAAAUUGAUAGUUAAAAAAUUAAAAGCACUUAGUGUCAAUAAUAUUAACAUAACAGACCUUGAAGAUAAGAAAAUUACGAAAAAUACUUAUCAAGAAAUAUCUGGAAUGAUCAAGAUAAAUAAUUUUGAAACGAAAAAUUUACAUUCAAGAUUUAUAAAUAAUAGAUCUUAUGAGAAAUUGAAUAAUAUAGUUAGAAAAAUUAAUUUACUUUAUAGAAGAUUCAUAGACAAUCAAAGAUCUAUAUACUCACUUAAUAUCAAUAAGUUUAUUAUAACACCGCAAAUUAAUGAUAAAAUCCUUCAUGACUUUUUGGAUCUUCAUGAAAUAGCAGAAUUUUUACUUCAAACAAAUGGAUCAGUAGAACAUUUAACAGUACAAGGAUUGAUAAAUAAUUUAAAUUUGACUAAAAAAAUGUCUGAUUGUGUAUUGAAAAAUGAAGAAACCAUUAUUAUAAAAGGACCUAAAAAAAUUAACAGAUUUAAGACUCUUAAUUUAGAAGUAAAAUAUUUAAAUAAUCAUUCUGUACAAGAUAUUGUCACGCAUACAAAAAACCAAACUUUAAUUGGUCCUAUUAUUAUAAAAGGUUCAGUAUACGUUCUUGAAAAAUUUGAUUCCCGUGGAAAAAUUAACGAUGUCAAUUAUGAAAAUAUGCAUGUGGACAUUGAAAAAGUAAAUGAUACAAUUUACACUUUUACUGGAGAUUUCUUGAUAGACGAUUAUUUAUCUAUAAAAAAUUUAAUAGUAGCGGGACAGAUUCAAGAAAAGGAUAUUAUUCAAUUUUUAGAUAACCUUAUCUACCUGAAUGAUACAAGAGUUAUGAUUUCAUCUACAAAAAUUUUCAACAAUACUGUUAAAUUCAAUGAUUAUGUUACUGCUUCAAAAAGAUUGAAUGAUGUUGAAUUAGAAUUAUUUUAUAAGUAUGGAAUUUUUAUAGAUAAAUCCGCUAUCAUUAAUUCCGCUCUUAUUUUCGAAAAUGAUGUACUGUUAGAAAAAGAUUUAGUUAUACAAAAUAGCUUAAAGGUUAAUACAAUAAAAGGUAUUAAUGUUGAAAAUAUGAUGGAAAAUGCUGUAUAUUUUAAUCGUCCAACAUCUAUAAUGGAAAGUGUCACAGUUUCAAAUGUAAUCUUCAAGUCAGAUAUAACAGCCAUGUAUUGGAACAAUACAAAUCUAGAUAUGGUUUUAAUGUUGAACAAAGAUGAAGUAAUAGAUGGUACUUUAGCAUGUGUCAAUAUUAAUGUCAAUAAUUUGACAAUAAGCGGUUCAUUAAAUAACGAAAAUUUAAUGAAAGUCUAUGAAAAUACUUUCAUGAUAUCUACUGAUCAACAUGUUAAUGGUACAAUAUCAUUUUUAAACAAUGUUCAUGUUCAUGGUGAUUUGAUAUCACGUUAUGUAAAUAAUAUAGACAUUAUAAAAAUAAUAUCAUUAGAAAACAAUGACACGAUGGAAGGGAAUUUCGUUUUUGAAAGACCCGUAGUGAUUAAUAGUGACAUGGUAGUGCAAGAGUUUUUAAACAAUAAUAUCAAUAUUUCACAAUGGCAUUCUAACGCUAUUACAAUAUCAUUACCGUCAAAAUAUAUUUUAAAGGGAAAUUGGACUAUUAAUUAUAAUAGUACUUUUGAAAACCAUUUAUAUGGUUCCGGAUUUAUCAAUGAUAUUUCCAUUGAUCGUUUUUCAAAUUCUAUACGAAGAGAAAACGAGGAGAUGGAGAAGUUUAUUUUGAAUAAAACGGAAGAUAUUAAAACUUUUUGUAAGAAUUUACAAAAAACAAAAACCCAAAUAGAUCAUUUAGUGUAUAAAUUUAAAUCAUUUGAAUAUUAUCGAGUUCUUAAGUUCGAUAAAAAGAUUGAAAGUAUUUAUCAUUUUGAAUUUAACGAUACAGAUUAUGUUUUAGUUAAUUUUGAAAUAUGUCAUAUGGAUAUUUAUGUACACACGAAUGAAGGGUUUUCAUUAUUUGCAAAUAUUUCCAACUUUGGAAAUAUCAAUCAAUAUCUCGAUUUUAAUUAUAACAAGAAAUUAUACUUUGUAACUGUUGGGAAAGCUCAAUGUGGAAAGAAUUCAGGAAAUGUAUGGAUGUUAGAAAACAAACAAGUGAAACAUAUCUAUGAUCUAGGCAAUGUAACAAGCACAGAAAAACUAAGUGAAGUUACUUUUGUUUUGAUUGUUGAUCAUCAAAUACAGGAAUGGUCAAUAGAGAACAUAAAUCAACACAUAUACAAACCGACAAAUACAAGAGGAAUUAAACAUAAUAACAUUAAAUUCCUUACACAUGAUGCAGAUAUUUUAUUGGCAAGCUGCGAUAUAAUUUAUCAAUUACAAAAUAGAACGUUUAAAAUAAACGAAAUAGAAAAUCCAUUCAAAUCUACUAAUAUCUUAAGUUUGAAAGCUGGUAUUCAUCAAAAAGAAUAUAUACUAUUACACGAUGAUCAGAUAAAUAGUGAUCAUAUUUUCAUUUAUAAUGAAGACUUAUUCGAACUAAAAGAAUUACAAUCUAUACAUACACAAAAACCAAAUUCAUUUACUAUGAUAAACUUUGAUGGACUGUAUGAAAGCUUAUUAGUUUUCUCUGAGAAUAAAAGGAGGAUUCAAAUUUAUGAGUACAAAGGAAUUGAAUAUUUCAAGUUCCAUUCAAGUAUUCAAAUGAAAGUUGAUAAACUUUACUCAUUUCAAAUGCAGACGCGUCCUUACUUUGUUAAACGACAAUGUAUUGCUAUCGUUAACGACUUCAAGUUAACUAUUUUAGAAGCCAAAAUGUAUGGUGAAAAAUUAGAUGCAAAUAAUGAACUUAUUUGCAGCUCUAUGUGAAGUAGUUUUCUGAUAUGUAUGAAAAAUUAUGUUAAUAUUGUAUGUACAUCUGUUAUACCUACUUUUAUUGUAUUCUAGUCGUGUUGUUGUGUAUUCUUCCUGUUUAAUCUAAGAAUAAGAUGAGAUUAACUUAUUAUUUAAAAAUAUUAAUAGAAGUUGAGUUAAUUUGAAUAAUUUUUUAGUGAACAGUUAUUUUGGUUUAAGAAAAUAUUAAUUUAAAAAUAGUUGUUUCAGUUGAUGUAUUUUUAUAACUUGGUUUACUUUGUAAAUUUUGUAAGAUUUUGUGUAAUGAUAA